AUGAAACAAUUAAUCAUAAUUCUUAUCAUCACAACAAUGGUGGUAGCCGAACGUUCAAAAUAUUUAAAUGCAAUUUCAACACGAUCAACUGCAGCUAAAGGCAAUUUUCUAUGUGGCAAAGAGGCAGCUGCGAAUGUGAAAGUUCAACUUUACAGUAAAGAAGGCGAUGAUGAUAAUAUUCUUGCGACAACGACGUCAACACUGAACGGUGAUUUUAAAAUAGAAGGUAAUACGGCAGGAAAAUCGGAUCAAAUCCUCGAGCCAAUGCUUAAAAUCCAUCAUACUUGCAAUGAAACUGAAAAGGAACUUAAAAAGAAAAAGGAACGAGUGGUUACUUUGAGAUAUCCGAAAGAUUACGUCACAAUGGGCCAAAUACCUCGGCAAACAUAUGAUAUAGGAACACUGAAUCUACAGGUAAUUUAUCCGGGCGAAAAAAUUGAAAAAGAAGAUAACGAAAAAUAA